AUUCAAAUGUUUGUUCCCUGGAAGAGAGCCUUCAUUUCAAUCAUGUUCGUUUCAAAGUGUAUUUUUUCGGUUGUGAUUUUAUGUGUAGUGCACGAAACAUUAAGCAAGCCUACAGAAAGUGUUUUAACCCAAGGUCGUGGUAUAGUAUCAAGUAUAGGUUCCACAUUAUGGGAAUAUAUUAAAUAUCCUUUUACGUGGUGGAGUUCAGGUGAACAGGAGCCCACACCGAUCACCGAUCAACUUGUUGCAUCUACGACUUACGGGCCUAACGAUAGCAUAGAACUAGGUAAACAUAACGUCACAGUGUGGUGCAACGAACAAACUUGUACAACAAUGAAAUGCAAUAAAGACGGUUGCAAGAACAACACGUGCAGUAUGUAUGAUACAUAUCAAGAUGGGGAAUGCCGCGAAUAUACUACUAUUGUAGAUCCCGAUAAACCUAUGACGCCGCUUGAGCCCACAACGAUUUCAAGUCUUCCCCAAAGUCAUGAAUCGACUAAAUUUUCACCGCAAGUAAUGGAGCAAAGUACUAAGUCACCGGCAGUCGCCACAGCGAUAAAUGAUGAGAACACAACUAAGGCACCUGAGACAGCUUUAGUGAUAACGGAGAAAGCUUCUAAUGAACCCGUAAUUUCUCCUUUGAUAAUUGCGACAGAAGUACCUAAAAUGAGUAUUGGAGGAUUAAACCGCAAACCAAGUGAAUUAGAAGCGACCACGAUUGCGGCUUUAGAGAAUUACGAAACAACGUCAAAUUCGUAAAACGAGAUGUUACUGCAAUAGACCAUUCAGUAAGCUACAGUUCCGUUCUUCAACGAAUAAAUAACAACAUGCCCAAUUUUAUAAAAUCUAUAUUAGAACAAAUUGCGACAAAACUUACAAACAACUUAAUUAAUAACCUAAAUAUAAGCUCAUCAUGUGUCGACGGUGUGUGUUAUUAUUACACAAAAUGCCAACACACCAACUGCAAUGUUGCGUACUGCAAGUAUAAUUUAUUGAUCGGAGUCGAAGAAUGUUCCCCAGUCAAGGUUCCAACAACUUAUCAAAUAAAAGCACAACGAAAUACUAUACAAGUUGAACGUAUCAAACGUCCAUCAGAGCCUACCGAUAACGACGAAGAUAAUGAAAUUAAAAUAAUAAAUAAAAUGUUAAAUUAAUUAAA